UCCAUAUAUAAGUUGACCAUACUUGCGAGGAAACUAAAAAUUGAGAAAAUAAAGGGUCUGAAAAAGAUAUGAAACAGCAGUCCAGGGAAAUUUGCCUCUAUUAUCCAUACCAUGGAUAAAAGAUAUAUGGAUCCAUGCCAUAGAAGAGGCGAACAUCAAUGAUAGUACUUAUUUCUGGGUGGCAAAAUUGUACCUUUGUGGCGAAAUUGUACCACUGCUAAAAGGUAGGAAAACAUUAGUUACAAGAGUCGAAUGGUAGGUCGUAUUUUUUUUAUCAUGUCGCACUUGCACUGGAGAUAUGCCGAACAUAAAGAAAACUGGAAAAAUACGGAACACAACAUCAACAUAAAAUUUUGUGCACGUGCUUUUUCUAUUUAGUAGAAAAAUAUAAGAUUUGCUAUUUAUACAAAAUUGAUAACUCAUGUUUUUUUUAAUUUUAUUUCAUUUUAUUUAAAAAUGUUUCGCGAUCGAUUCACCUUCAUUUUCGCGUUGGGAGGAAAACAUAUUGGAACGGAAGCAGAGGAAAUUAUUCUUCAACACGAAAUUAAUACCGACUGGAAAUAUUCCAUCUAUAAAAAAGAUAAGCUAUUCGACACAAGUGAGUACAACCUUGGAGAAAGAAUAUGGAGGUACAACGUCUAUACUUUAAGUAUAUUCCUGAGAACAUUAGACACAAAAAAAAUAAACAUCGUAAAUCACAAGAUUCAAUUUGAAGACAUAGACAACGGAAAAGGUAAAGAGCUGACAUUCAACGGAACCUCAUUUGUAAUCUUGGACGCAAAAUACAUGGAUUGUUGUCAUGGUGUAUUGAACGAAAUAUUUCUCACAAACAAAAGCGAAACGAAGCAUUGCGAAACAAAGUCAGUAACUGUUAUGCAUAUCUUCCUAAAUCCGAAAGCAAUAGUGUUUAAUUUAAAAUGGAACCUUUUCCAACCGUUAAAGAUAAAAUGUUGCGUUGAAGAAGAAAAUCUACAACGGUUGAAUUAUUUUUGCUCCUGUAGAAUGCCAUACUGUAGAAAUAAUAACAAUGAAGACAAGGAUAUGGUGGAACGCAACAAAUGUCGGGAAUGGUUCCACAGAAAAAUGCGAAGACAUGCCUCACUAUGUUUUUAGAAGGAGUUAUUGCAAAACUGGUUUUGUUCCAGUUGCAAUAAUUGACUUCAGCCUCACAUUUAAACUAACUGUUAUUAUUUAGUUUUUUAAUUUUAAAAACUAACUUUUUUUUUCCAUAUCCCAUAUGACGGGGCCGUAAUAAGCAAAGAAAGCCUGGGGAUGAAAUGUUAACGUAUUUUCGAGUAUUUUUGGCUGAUUUGGAUAACUGCUUUGCAGUAUAUAUACUGGCUGACCUUGAUUUAUUAUUUUUAGCACAAUUUUGAACCUACCAAUCGACUGUUGUAACUAAUGUUUUCCUAAAAGGUGGCUAUCACUAAAAUAUGUAGUGUUGGAGUCAUCUGAGUUCUAAAAAUAGGGUAAGUUUAGCUAGCAAAAAAAACCUCAAAAAUUUAAAAAAAAAUGAUGUUCAGCUGUCCAG